AAUUGAAUUAAAAAAAAAAAAAAAUUGUGUAUUAUACACUUGAUUUUCGGUUAUGAAAUAAUGACAUAUAAAUUAUAAAAUAAACAGCAUAUUAUAAUAGGUAUAUACAGGUAUGUUUAGUUCGUUUUUGAGGUCUCCAUAAAAUAAUAUACACAGUCGUUUAGUUUAUACAUAUAUUGCUCCGGAAAUCGAUGGAUGACGUGCAAUGUGGCUUUUGGUAAAAUAUAGUAGUUUUCCGUUGUCUACCACUCUUCCCUCAUCGUCCUCGAAACAUACUGAAUAAUCGAUUCUGCCCCAUUUUGUUCGUGCAUUAUAAUAUGAUGAAUAUACAUAUAUAUAUAUUUAUGGUUUGUGUGUGUAGGCACGAUGUCAGUUAGUAUAUUAUUAUAAUAUGUAUUUAGUAUAUAUAUACAAAUAUAUUUAUGUAUUUAUAAGUGUCCGAUGCGCGAUUCAAUACAGUUACGAUUCGCCAGCAGUGUAUGUUGUGUGUAAAACGAUGUACCUAAAUGUUGUGAUUAUCAUUUUUAGGUAAUCGCAAGAAAUGGAUGUAUAAAAUACCUAUUUAAAAAUGUAUGCAUAACAUAAUAUUGUUCGCUGUAAAAUAUAGUAUAUAUUAUCGUUUUAAACAACAAAUGUACAUUUAAAUUAUAAUAAUAUACUCUCUUAAAUACAAACACACAUAUAUAGCGCGUAAAUAAUAUAAUUUUAAUUAAUACAUACAUGGCAUCGUAUAACUGCGAUAUACAUUGUGAAUAUUAACGAAAUUUAUUAACAAUAAAAAAAAUAAUAUGGACAGCCAUCGUCGGAGUAGCAUUGUAGAACCCACGGGCGGCGGUUACGUACCGGAUACAAGAAGUCAAUUGAAUACGACAACGGUACAACCCAAGCCAUCACAACGGGCGCCUGAAUUUGGUUCGAGACCAUCGCGACCAGAGUUCUAUCAGCAAGGCCCUUACGGCAUAACAAAUAGGCCACAGGGACAACAGCAACGGCUUCCACCGCCGAGGAUGUCCGGUGACAAUAAGGCUAGCCCCUGGAAUAUUAUCAGACAAACUCUGCCACCGGAUGUCGGGGUACGUAGUCCGGUACAACUGCAACAACAGCGUGGGCCACCAUCCCAGAACUAUAACAAUAUUAACAACAACAGCAUUCAACAAAGACCCCCAUUACAACAAGAACAGCAACAAUACAGACAACAGAUGCCGAUGCAGGAACGCCGUGGCCCUGCGUCUCGGGUGCCCGAGGAAAGAUCGUUACCACAAUUUAGAUCGGACAAUGGUAGACAAGUGAGACCCGUUGAAGGCAGUGCCGAUGACGACGAAGAAGUCAUAGUCAACUCUACGAUAAAUCAACAGUUACAGCAACAGCAACAGCUACAACCGGCGCUAAGCCGAAGAGAUUCGACGGUAUUUGCAGGUGGUCGAGCUGCUGACGGAACGAGUGACCCAAACAAGCAGUGGCAGCCGAAACAGGCAGCGCAAGGAGUUAUUCCGUAUGGAAAACCGCAGCCGCAAGAACAACAGUACGGUCGACAAUCGUUAGUAAUGCCUGAGGGCCAAGAGCAGAUACGUUUUCCAGCCCAGACUGCAGCCGGUGGGUAUAAUAGUAGCAGGCUAGCGGUAACCCAGGAAGACGAGGGUAAUAGACAACCAGUGCAGGCACAAAAUGGCAUACAAAAGGUCAGAGAUGUGCAGCAACAACAACAACAACAGAAACAGCAACAGCAACAUUCGCUAAUGAGACGGGAUAGCGUGUUGGAUGCAAAUACUGCGAAAGUUAAUAGUAUAGACAUGAUGUCACGCAGAAACGACGGGAUGGCCGAGUACGGAAGGAGACCGGCGCCGGACUUGCAGGAUGAUAGUGGCAGUAGAUGGCAACCGGAGCUUAUCGGUGGUGGCCGGAGACCACCGCCCAUGCAGGACUCUGUGCAAGAGGACGGCAAGCGGUCACUGGCCGAGUAUAAGAAAACGGAGCAGGAAGAUACAAGUGGCAAACGUUUGACGGAUUUCAAAAACAGCAGACCAGAAGCUGGUGCUGCCGCCGACUAUGGGGCAGCGGCUGGCAGACAGAUGAAUGCCGCGACCCGACUAGACGAUAGACCGCACGACAAACAGUCUUAUGAACAACCACGAAACGAGCGCAAAGCAUCACUAGAAAAAGAUCAACCAGCCCCCAGAGCGGCAGCGGUAGAACACGGCAACCGAGCGUCGGAACUUAGAAAGAUGCACUUCGAAGCCACUCAUUUAAAACCGGUCAGAGAGCAACAGCAUGUGGCUAACGAUGACAGUAAGGUGACCGCAGUGCGAGGUAGGGUGGUGCCACCGGUGGAUGAGACAAAGGCUAGGGAUUAUACGGCCGCGGCGGUGAGGUCGACCGAUGACGGAAACCCGUCAAACGAACGGUACAGAGCGGCAAACAUUGCUGGAAGUGGAAAUGAUGAGGCCGUGCCGCAGAUGAGUAAGAACUCCAGGCCCGAUACUUUAAAAAUAAUUAAAGACAAUGAACCCCUCAAAGAUUCGUCAAACUCGAAAGUCGAUCGUCAAAAUGAAAACGACGUGGGCAAGUCGCCGAGUAAAAUCCCGAAAAAAGACCGGUCAGAAUUGAAAACGCCCACUCGAGCCGUUACGCCAAAGUCUCCCGAGAGCUUGAUGUCAAUUGGACAAAAGAGGUUGCCAAUGAAUAAAGUGCAAGUAGGAUCUGCACCAUCUCCAAAUCUCAAGGUAGUCCGAUCAAAAGUAGGAUCACUACAGAACACCAGCCACAAACCUGGUGGUGGACAAGUGAAAAUCGAAAACAGAAAACUCGAAUGGAAAGCUGGUACGAGAGUCGAGGCUAAAAACGACGCGUAUGUUCCCGGUGGUGGUGAUAAAAAGAUUCAAAGUGUUAAGCUCCAAUGGAACGCUAAACCUAAAGUAGGUUCAUUGGACAACAAAACACACAAGCCUGGAGGCGGUGACAAAAAAAUCGAAACCGUUAAACUCGACUUCAAAGACAAGGCAAAACCGAAAAUUGGGUCUAAAGACAACAUUAAACACACUCCCGGCGGAGGAGCUGUAAAGAGCCAAUCCACACAAUUAUUAGAAAAGGAAUCGCACGACAUUGAGGAUCAAAAAUUGGAUAUAAAAGCUCAGAGUAAAGUCGGAUCGUUGGACAACGUGAAACAUAGACCGGGCGGAGGAGAGGUGAAAAUAUUUGACGACAAGAGUUACAUAAAACAAACAACUGCGGGACAGAUCGGAACGCCGACAAAAACACAGCUCCGGAGGAGUUCUAGUUUGAAAAGUCCAUUAAGUAUGAAGUUAUAUAGCCCUGACGAACGACCCAAAAGUCAUGUGAAAAUUGUCGUUACACCAACAAGCGAAGAAGAUUUGUACAAUAAAAUAGCAACAGACAACAACAAAGGAGGAUUUAGGAGAUCAGCUUAUAUUCGAUCACCUUCACUACACAAUGACAUAGUUAUACCAGAAGAGGCAGUUAAAACAAAAAAAUGAUAAGAUUUAAUAAUAAUUUAAGAAUUAUGUGUUUUCCAUCAAUCGUACAGUGUU